AUGUUAAUUAACCUACAAUUCUAAAAUUUGUAAACAUAGUACAAUAUCGGUUUGUGGAUACCUCUGAAAUAUUUUUAAAAUGCCUUAUAAAUAUAUAGGAAAAACUAUAGAUCACAAAGGAAAAACUCUAUGGGAAAUUGUUGGAAAUUUAAAAAAUUUUGGUGUAGGUCGUAUGGUAUUGAGAAACAGCUUCCAACGUUACCCAGAAAAAUCGUAUAUGAGGAUUACCAAAGUAGAAGCUCUCCCAAAUCCAGAAAACCCAUCUAUGGAUGUACGACGAAAAGUGAAAGUUUAUAUCGAUGAAACUUUCAGAGGAAAUAAAUUGCGUGAACACUCUGUUAUUAACCUAGCUAGCUACAAAGCCGAUUACGUAUUAGUACCUAAAGAUGAAGAGUACAAAUACAAUGAUGAUGCAGCAGCUAAAAUAAGAAUUGUGCCACGAACUGUUGAAUUACCGCCUCUACUUAAAGAAUUAGUUAAAAGGGAAAAUUUAGCCAAUGGUGAGCCCGCUGAUAAAGACAAUAAAGUAAAAGUUGCUUAUGUAACAGGACCCUAUGCUAACUACAGAGUAGCUGAAGAAGGUGAAAAACCAGAUUUCGAAAUAACAAUGGGAUUGGGAACACCAGCAUCACCUAGUUUAUAUGAAGGCAUUGGAUUGAAUUUUUCAAAAUCAAGAGUAUGAAUAUAUUCGAUUAUUCGGAAUGUAAUAUAGAUAUUUAAGAUAAUGAAUAUUAAAAAAAUAUAUAUCAAA